UUUAUAGGAAAGCAAGUUGUGAUAUGGUGGUAGGGCCCUUUUAAUGGGUCUUCUUUUCACUAGAUUCCAUCAUAUAAAGAGAAAUUGGAGGAAGCUUAACAAAAUCAAACCACCCUAAUACAUUGGAACUAACUAAAUAGUGAAUACAAAAAUGGGCAAAGUGUUGACAUUACUUGUGCUCCGACUACUCAUGAAUCUCUUACAUAUCGGUUCGCUUUCUCUCUGGAUCAUAAAACCCACCACUAUAUGGAUACAAUCUUGGCGUCAAGCUGAAGAUACCAUCAAACGUACUUUCUUCGGCUAUUACGGUCUCAACUUUGCCGUAUUCUCAUUCCCUCCUAUUGCUCUUUCUAUAAUUGGGCUCAUUUACUUGAGUUUACUGCCGCAAAAUUGUCUAACAAGCAGAGGAGGGAGAAGUGUAGCUAUUACUGUCACAAGACCAGCCGUUAUCAACAGCUUCAUUGGAAUUGUGUCUUGUUUCGAGAUCCUUGCUCUUCUUUUGUUCUUACUCUUUCUAUCUUGGACCUUCUAUUCUCGCGUAUCUAACGAUCUCAAGAAGCUGACGUCCCUCAAAACCAUCAAUCUUGACUUGUAAAAUUUCUCUGAAACUUCAAAAUCUAGUGCCUUUCUAUAUAUAGCUGUUGACUCCUUAUGUUUUCAGAUGGCAGCUUAAGUACUUUAGAGUUGUUACAAGAUUCGGGCUAUUAGCAGAAGCAUGUCUCUCUAUGCUUCUUUUCCCUGUCUUGAGGGGAUUAUCAAUGUUCCGGUUACUCCACAUUCAGUUUGCAGCGUCUGUACGAUAAGUUGGAUAAUUCGUUAGGUGUUAUUACUAUAAUUUUAUUUAAUAAUAUUUAUAAUUUUAUAAACAAAAAUAGGAAAUAC